AUGUGCUUCGGGACAACUCUCUCAGUAUUGAUGAUGCUACAGCUGUCCCACCUCCUGAGCCUUGUUUUCUCUACUGAGACCGACAAAGCCCUCACUCAGGAUAACAGCAGCGCUGGGAGUCCAGGCCUGCUAGAAGUUCUGAGGGUCCUCUCUGCUGCUGACCACCAGUCCCUCAGCCAUCCACGAAGCCUCAUGAAAAUUCUGUUCGAGAAGACUGGGUGUCCACAGAGGACAAACAGGAUGCAAGGAGACUGCAAGCUGUGUUUGGAACCAGAUGCGCUGUUACUAACAGCUGGUGGAGAUUUUGAGGAUGAGCUUAGAGAGGAGGUGGUCCAGAGAGUUUCUCUCCUCCUCCUCUAUUACAUCAUUCACCAAGAAGAGAUCUGUUCCUCAAAGCUCAACAUGAACAACAGAGAGUAUGCAUUUUACCUGCAUAGCUUACUGGGUCUCAGGCAGGAUGAAGACUCCGAUUUCCUUUCACAGAAGGAGACUGAUGACAUCCUGACUCUCACCAGGAAAUAUUUUGGCACUUCUGGUAGCCAGUGUAUGGAAACUAAGACACUACAUAGGAAAUCUGGUGUUCAAGGCCUCGAUGGUGCUGACAGAAAGACACUUCCUCAGCUGGCAGCAAGCAUCAUCGCCCUGUCUCUCCAAGGAAUUUGCCUGGGGAGAGCAGAUUUGCCUUCCCCAGACGACUUUACAGACUAUAUUUUCAGUUUCUUGAAUAGUACCAAUUCCCUCCACCUAUCCGACCUAGACCAACUCCUCAACAUACUGUCUACCAGAAGGGCUUGUGCCAAAAAGGAUCCCCUCCAUCAAUACCAAAGGAAACAAAAUGGGACAAUACACAGUUGGGGAGACCCUAAGACAUCUGUAGCAAUGGAGAAAGAGUCCGAUGACCAUUCUGUUUCCUGGGAUCAGGCUUGCUUCUCUGCUAGGCAACUGAUGGAGAUAUUUCUACAGAACCAUAGUAGUCUGUCCAUUUCUAAGGAGGACUUCAACCAGCUAAGUCCAGGGAUCAUCCAGCAACUGCUCAGCUGCUCUUGCCAAAUGCCUAAGGACCAGCAAGCAAAGCCUCCACCCACCACUCUGGAGAAAUACGGCUACAGCACGGUGGCUGUGACAUUCCUGACGUUGGGUUCUAUGCUUGGGACGGCGCUGGUCCUUUUUCACAGCUGUGAGGAGAACUACAGUCUUAUUUUACAGCUGUUUGUGGGCUUGGCUGUAGGGACCCUCUCUGGGGAUGCUCUGCUCCACCUCAUCCCUCAGGUUCUUAGUUUACAUAAGCAAGAAGCCUCGGAGCUUGGACAUUUCCAUGAAAGCCAAGGUCCAAUUUGGAAGCUGUUGGGAUUGCUUGGUGGCAUCCAUGGGUUUUUCUUGAUAGAAAAAUGUUUUAUCCUUCUUGUAUCACCAAAUACCAAGGGUCUGCCAUUGGUUAAUGGACAUGUGGGACAUGCCCACCACCUUGCACUCAACCCUGAAUUAGAUGACCAGUCAGGUGGAGGCAAGUCUAUUUCAACCAUCCAGCUGAAAGGCCCAGAAGAUUCACAGACUGCUGAGCUCCCCAUUGGUGAUGUGCCAAACUCCAACAGAAAAUACAAAACUAUCAGCUUAUUGGCAAUCAUGAUAUUGGUUGGGGAUAGCCUGCACAAUUUUGCAGAUGGCCUCGUAAUAGGGACAGCAUUCUCAUCUUCACUGGAGUCGGGAGUGACCACAACAAUUGCAAUUUUGUGUCAUGAAAUUCCCCAUGAAAUGGGAGAUUUUGCUGUGCUCUUAAGCUCGGGACUCUCUGUCAGGACUGCCAUCCUGAUCAAUUUUAUAAGUGCCCUGACUGCCUUCAUAGGACUGUACAUUGGUCUCUCAGUGUCUGCUGAUCCACGCGUCCAAGAAUGGAUCUUAACAGUGACGGCUGGGAUGUUCUUAUAUUUGUCUUUGGUGGAGAUGCUUCCCGAAAUGACUCAUGUUCAAACACAACGACCCUGGAUGACGUUUCUCCUGCAGAACGUUGGAUUGAUCCUGGGCUGGCUUUCCCUUUUGCUCUUAGCUGUAUAUGAACAGAAUAUUAGAGUAUAA